AUAAAGUCAUUGAAUAUACUGACGAUCAAAAAAAUAUAUUAAAUAUCCUUGAAGAAAUUAGAACUAAAAAUUCUCACAAGCCACUUUCUAAAAUAAUUAAUCCUAAAAAUAAAUCUGUUAAGAAUUCAACUCGGUAUUCUGCAUCAUAUCCUACUUUGUGA